CGAUUUUUAGGCUCCUACGCGGCGGUUCGUUCGAUGCUCGUAUCUGCCCCGUGUGCCCCCGUCCUGUCCGCGCCAAGCGCCUUUCAAAACACCGACGACGCGCGCGGGCUACGCCGCGCUCGUGCACGCAGUCCUCGUUCCCCGUCGACGUUGCCCGCUGUGCUUGUCCCGUCGUUUCCCCCCCGGCUGCACCCCCGUAGCCCCGGAACCUGGUCGUCGGCGUGGCUAGCCCUCGCGCGCGGAGUUUAAUCCCCGGCGGAGCCGUCUCCCUCGGCAGUGGAACCCGGAGUCGUCGUUACCGGUGCGCCGAUGCUCUCAGAAAAGAUGGCCAUCGCCGCCUCGGAGAACUAUCAGCUCAAGUGGCACAGCUACGGGGCGCAUCUGCACAGCUCCGUCGCCACGCUGCUCCACUCGGAGUCCUUCGCGGACGUUCUGCUGGCCACGUCCUGCGGACGGCACGUGGCGGCCCAUCGGUUCGUCCUCGCCGCCUGCUCGUCUUACCUCAGCCACAUUUUCCAGACGUGCCACUUCGGCGCCAACACCAACGCGCCGAUAAUCGUGGUGCUGCCCACGGAGAUCGGAUACCGCACGCUGAAAAUCCUGAUACAGUACAUGUACAGCGGCGAGGCCACCGUGACGAACGACCAGCUGGAGGGCGUCCUGAAGGCCGGCGACAUACUGCGUGUGCGUGGACUGUGGAGAUCGAACACCGGCAGCAGCAAGAAGGAGAACAUACAGUCGAACAAUCAGAAGAUCGAGCGCGACAAGCGGGAAACGUCGCAGCUGACCGGGCAGAUACAGAAGAUCAAGCUGGUGCAGCCGACCUCCGAGAAGGUGAUCGAGAACGUGCAACAGGCGGCCGCGGCAUGCCAGAACAAUCUGCAGCCGGCGAAGCCGGUCGAGAGGAAGAGCGUCGAGAAGAUCGACGACAAGGCCAGCGAGUCCGAGGGCAAGAAGACCCUGGAGGAGAAGAGUAACGAGCAGAGCAAGAACAAGGAGAAUCUUGAGACGAACGGCAAGAAGAAGAAGGCCGUCAGCAGCGACGUCGAGUCGAACAAGUCGAAGAGCGAGGGCGAAAACACCGAACUAAAUCUCGAGCUACUAGUGAAGGACGAGCCGAUCGAUUGGGAGGAGACGAUCGAUCCGUCGGAAUCGCUUACGAUAGACCAUGAGAUCGAUAUCAAACCAGAGAUCGUGCACAGCGCGGACGAGGACGGUGACAUGGAGGAGGAAGAAUACACACCGCUGACGUGCGACAUGUGCAGUCAGACGUUUAACAGACCGUCGGACUGGGUGAGACACAUAGAAUUCACGCAUGCCGACAUGACCGAGAAUCGGAGAAAGAAACGAAAGGACGAUAUAAACGACGACAGCAAGGAUUUCCCGCCUCUCAAGUGCGAUCUAUGCGGCAACAUGUACUCGACGCCGCAGGAGUGGGUGCGUCACAUACAGACGGAGCACACGGAGGAGCAGCUGGCCUUGAUGAACAAUUCGGCGCCCCCGAAGCCGAAGAGGGUUCACAAUCACCAAAAGUUAUGCAACAUAUGUCAAAAGGAGUUCCCGAGUCACGCCUCGAUGGUCAUCCACCAGAGAACACACACGGGCGAAAAGCCCUUCCUCUGCUCCUACUGUAAAAAGGGCUUCAACGUAAAGAGCAACUUACUGAGGCAUUUAAGGACACUGCAUGACAAAUACGUACAUCCUAGCUUAUACGGAAGUAACGGUAGCACGAACGCUUAAAGACCUCUCACAUUUCUUUCCGACGCAACAAUAUAUAUGUAUAUAAAUAUAUAUAUUGUCUUGCAUGGCGUCUCAGUCGUGGAGAGACCAUACGGUAUCUUAUGUAUAUUCAAUAUUAUGACUACGUAGACUGAACGCGUAUCUAUAACGUAUAAAAAGGAUGCCAAAUCGGAGCACGACGGCGAACUGAUCGGGCCGAGAUCUGUGUGAAUCUCCACCGCGAGAGGAAGCAUAACUGAGCGCGCAUUUUAAAAUUUCACAAUGCAUAUUGGAGAGAAAUCUAUACAAACUAUUUUUUCUAAAGGGUAGUUGUGCAUUCUUUAUAUAAUAAUCUUCUUUUUAAUAAUGUAUAAAAUAAUAGAACUUCUCUAUUUCUCUCUCUCGUUAAAUAACUUUCGGUUGAGUUGAAACAAGAAAGCAAUAUCAGGGUCUUAAUACCAAAGAGGCUGAUUAAUAUUGCCAAAAUGUCUCAUUUGAACGUUUUGAACCUUCUUUUCUUCCCCUUAAUGUAGCGCACGUAUUUGAAAACAAGUUACUUGUUUGAGAAAAGGAUUUUCGUUUGAGAACAAAGAGGACAAAUGAAGAAUGACUUUACUAUUUAUAGAGAUCUGUCGAGGAGUGCUUGCGUGUAAAAUAAUUCUAUAGUAUAAAUCAAUAUUUAAUGAUUAACUUAAUUAUUUAGAGUAAUUCUAGGAUAAAUCCAAAUUAUGUAAGAUUUAACUGUAUACUAUUUCUAGGCUAUUCCAUCCAUGAUAGCCCUCUUAUUCCCUCAGCUCGUAAGUUAAUUAUGUAUUUUUAUAUUAAAGUAGCGUAUACACACACACAAACAUAUAAAAAAAAGUAAGAUACUUGCAUUAAGCAAAACUUGAAAUUUCGAUCUAGGCUAGGACAUAAGGAUAAUAUAUAACAUUCAAAAUUUAUCAAAUUUUUUGAAAAUAUAUUGAGUUCUUCUUACAUAUAAAAAAAAAGAACAAUGCGAUAUUAUCAAAAUACUGUCACAGUCUCUGGAACAUUAAUAAUGUGAAUAUUAAUUAAGAGGAUGACACCAUUUUGCUAUACUAACCAUUGUGUCACUCUACUAUAAAUUUUAGUGUCAAUUCUGCAUCGCGCUAGCACUGUGACGAGCCAAAUAACUUUUAAAUGUAAAAUUAAAAUAAUAUAUUACCUUAAAAGUA